UAACCUGCGCCCAGGACCAGGAGGAAACGGCACCCGCUGGUUGCACGCACCAACGAAGGUUCCCCGGGGAAAAGCCAAGCGAAGGUCGCUCUCCCCAUUGCCAUGGAGCGGAAGGUGGCCAGGGAAUUCAGGCACAAGGUUGACCUGCUGAUUGAUAGUGAAGCAGAGAAAGAUUAUCUGUAUGAUGUGUUGCGGAUGUACCAUGAAUCCAUGAAUCUUCCAGUGUUGGUGGGAGAUCUGAAGUAUGUAAUCAAUGAACCAAGCCGUCUGCCCUUAUUUGAGGCCAUACGCCCUCUAAUCCCAUUGAAACAUCAAGUGGAGUAUGAUCAGUUGACACCUAAACGAUCUAGAAAACUGAAGGAGGUGAGGUUAGAUCGUUUGCAUCCUGAAGGACUUGGGAUAAGUGUGAGAGGAGGUGUCGAAUUUGCCUGUGGCCUUUUUAUUUCUCAGCUAAUGAAAGGUGGACAAGCAGACAAUGUUGGACUUCAGGUUGGAGAUGAGAUUGUUCGAAUAAAUGGAUACUCCAUUUCUUCAUGUACUCAUGAAGAAGUGAUUAAUCUUAUUCGCACAAAGAAAAUUGUGUCUAUAAAAGUGAGACAUGUUGGUAUGAUACCUGUGAAAAGUUCUACUGAUGAGCCUCUCAAGUGGCAGUUUGCAGACCAAUUUGUAUCAGAUCCUGGGGAAGGUAAAAGCAGUGUUGCAGGUCUUGCAUCAUCUGGAGGAAAAAACCACAAAGAAAAGAAAGUUUUCAUUAGCUUGAUUGGUACAAAGGGCAUGGGAUGCAGCAUUUCCAGUGGUCCCACACAAAAACCAGGCAUUUUCAUAAGUAAUGUUAAACUACAUUCUCUGUCUGCAGAAGUAGGGUUAGAGGUUGGUGAUCAGAUUGUUGAAGUAAAUGGAAUGGACUUUUCUAAUGUGGAUCACAAAGAGGCUGUAAAGGUGUUGAAAAGCAGUCAAACCCUGACUAUCACGGUUGUAACUGGAGCCGGAAAGGAGCUGUUUAUGACUGAAGUGGAGAAGCAGAGGGAAGAGUCUAGCCGUGAGUUGGAGCGGCAAGAACUGAUGCGCCAGAAGAGGUUUGCACUGGAGACCAAUAAGAUCCUGAAAGAACAGCAAGAAAAGGAGAAAUUGCGAAAAAUGGAGAUUGCACAAAAAGCUGCCGAGGAGGAGGAAAGAUACCGUAAAGAAAUUGAACAGAUAAAGGCAGAAGAGGAGAAAUUUAAAAAGCAAUGGGAAGAAGACUGGGGUCAUAAAGAGCAAUCAAAGUCUCCCCAAACUGUAGUUGCAGAAGUACAUAGGCCUCCUCAUCAUAAACACCGAAUAGAUGUAGAUGAAACUGCACUUGACCAUUCUGCAGCAGGUGAUAUGGUUGGAAUGAAGUCGAAAGAGAGUCAACAGGGCUUCCAGAAGUACGUGGAAAACUUUGAUCCCUACACAAUGUUUUCACCUGAUCAGAUUAUGGGGAAAGAUGUGCGACUUCUGCGCAUAAAGAAGGAAGGAUCGUUAGAUCUUGCAGUAGAAGGAGGCAUCAAUUCACCAAUUGGAAAAAUAGUGGUGUCUGCUAUUUAUGAAGGUGGUGCUGCAGACAAGCAUGGAGGCAUUGUUAAAGGGGAUGAAAUCAUGGCUGUGAAUGGCAAGAUAUUGUUGGAUGUUAAACUGGAUGAAGCUCAGGCGACUCUUGCAAAAGCCUGGAACAUGGGUGGGGAUUGGAUUGAUUUGGUCAUUGCUGUGUCUCCUCCCAAGGAAUAUGAUGAUGAAAUGACAUUUUUUUAAGAUGGGAGAAAAAAACAUAAGCAUUCUGAAGAAAUCUACUAAUGUAUAGGUAUCAAGUUGCUUUUGUCAAAUCAGACUUCUAUCAGUCAAGAAGUGUGAAUAAGAUGAACAUGAAAUUCUGCAAAUCAUUCACGGCCUUGUGUUUGAACUCUCAGAGCAGCAUGUCAUUUUAUUUCCUCUCAUACGCCAUGGUUUGUGGUUGCUUAUAACUGCCAACAGCUGAAUAAUUCAUUGAAGAUGAUAAAAAGAGCCAGGGGCCAAUUCUGAAACUGUCCUAAGUACACUACAGUGAAAUUGUUUAGAAGAGUUCGAUCCUUUCUCAAAGGAAGAUGUAGCACAAUCCUAUACAUGACUAAUUUCUAACACUAAUACUUAAAGCACAGAAGAUAGGGGGCAGAAUUCAGCAAGGAUACUGAUGAUAUAAAUAACUCAAUGCUUAAUGUGUUUCUGAAUUGCUAUUUUGAAUCUUUACAGAUACAGCAUUUACAUUUUCUUAAUUACUCUAUAUUCAAAAAUGAUUUUUGCUUUUAUGUUUCACAUCUGCUGUUGUUCCAGUGUGCCAAGAUAUCCAAAUAUAGAGCAUAAUUUCUAAACUACCUUUUAAUGCAAUAGUGUAUUUUGAAAAUAAAAUGGUAAUUCCCAGACAUUGAGCUACUGUGUUUUUUAACAGGAUUCUGAUAACUUGGUGGUGGUAAAUCUGCCAAAUUCUUGGUUUGUGUCAAAAUAAAAAAUAAAAAAACUUUGAGGAGGUACUGUACAAGCAUUUACUCCCACUCCAGGUGUGUUGGGAGACAGGAAUCCGUAACUUGGUAGUAUAGCAUAUGCCCUGAAUGUAGAAGCACCAGCUUCAGUUCCAAGCAUAGGAUCCAACUCCUAGGGGCCUUGGGAGCUUCGGCCCCCACGAUAAAAUAUUUGAGGGGCUCCUGCAAAGUUGAUGGGCAUUUCCAUUUGAAUGGGGUGCAUGCAAUGCAUCAUGUGAUUAUGUGGUGCGGUGCUUACCUGGGUCCCCACAAUAUUUUAUUCAGGUUGGCAUCCCUGGUUCUAAGCAUCCCUACUAGGAAGGAUCUCAGAUAACAUUACUUACUUACUUACUAACUUGCUUACUUAUCUAUCAUGUAUAUGCCAAGAUGGUUUCUAAGUGGUUUCCAGGUAUAAAAUCAAUAGAUAAUUAAAAUUCACAAUAAGUUCUAUCGGGGCAUGGCUAGGAAAGUUGUCUGCCAGAGCCUCUAUGUGUGGACAGGCCAGUGUUAGAGAUGAUCUAGUCUAGAAGCACCAAUUGUCUGACAUACUAAAAUACAUGUUGUACUUUUACUUCUAGGUUGUGGGGUCCUUUUAGCAUCAAAAGCAAGUUCCCUAUUGAAGCAAAUACAAAAUGAGAGGACUAUUUUUGUCUGGAGAAAACAUCCCUCACAUACUUGCCAUUUGUCCUUUGUUAAGAGUAUCCGGUGUUAAGGGGAGCCGAAAGUGAAAGAGCUUUUCCAGAUCAAUCUUAGUCCCAUCGUUGGUAAAUAUUUAAUGUGUCAAACCAUUCAUGUGCUGCAAAAUUCAAUUAUUCCCAAAGUGCAGCAUUACAGUAUGAGAAGUAACGGUGAGUAAGGAAGAUACAGGCUGCAAUGUAUAAAUUAUACUGGGAAAUAAUAUCUUACGAAAGAAUUUAUCUGGCUUUGGGGGGGUUAUGCAGCAGUCUUUCAUUAGCCUGUGAGCAGAAGAGGUUUUCCAGUAGCAAAAGGGGACUUCUGACUCCCAAGUGCUGCAUUUAUCCCCAAAAUACAAUGAGAAGCCAUAAGGCAUCUUCCUAAAAUGUUCACAGUCAUCUUCUCCACAAAUUAUGCAAACAUGUCCUAAAAAGAAAGAUGUUAACUUUUGCUUGGCUUCAAUCUUAUUUUCCCCACUUCUACUCUUGUCUCUUUUCCUCUACUGUUUCCCAUUCUGGGGAUCACUGACCUCUUCAUCCUCCCCUAACUUUAAUAGGUUCUUGUUUACUUAUGGCUUAACAGGAAAUUUAAAUGGGAAAGAAGAGCUUUUUCCCAUGUAAACAUACUGUACAACGAACAAUCUGGCAAUUAUAUUGACAUGACAUUUAAUGAGACAAGAAGAAAACAAAAGUUUUUUUAAAGAAAAAAGACAUCCUGCCACUAUUUUGAAGGUCCUUUUUUUAAACUUUCUAUUUGAUUCCCUCACUUUUUAAAAGCAAAAAUAGUAUGUUCUGCUACCACAAGUUGAAAAUUUUAAAAACAAAACAAAAACCAUCUCAAUACAAAGAUUUUCAUAUUUAAAAUAAAUAGGAUUCUUCAACUAUCAAUUAGUAUAGAGACAUUUCCCCAGGAAUAAAGCACAUGAUCAACUAAGGCCAAACAGAGAAUGAAUUGUUUAACUGGAAUGUGAGAUUAGCAGACUCUCAUUGCUUAAGAAAACUUCAUGUCAGUGCAAUGACUUUUAAGAUAAUUAUGCCACCAAUUUUACACAGAUGUAUGUGCUGGCUAACAUGACUUUUGAAGGAGCAGAAAGGACAAAGAGGAUCUCUAGGACCCAUCUUUCCAAAAGGUCCAACUAUUUGCUAUUUUCCCUUCCCUUAUAGGGUGAUAAGGGAACAAAUUAUACCUUUCAGAUUAUCCUCUGAAGACCUCUGCAGCAGGCAAAAGUCACUUCAGGCUAACCACCAGCUCUUCAGAGACCAAAGCAAAGAGACACCAGCUUUCAAGUCCCAUGUUUUUUGUUUAGGGGCCAAGUGAGAGGGAAACUUCCAUAUGUUUAUAAAGUUAGUCACUACCAGUGCACAAUCUUAUGGAACUGGACCACAGUCAGAACUGCAUUUGAGGAAAUAAGUGGUAUUCUGUCUCAUAUUUGUUUGGAUCUGAAAGCAACAGGGAUUAAUAUUGGCAGCCAUACAUAUUUAGGAGACUGUACAAGACUUACAUGUGUUCUGUACUUUUUCCUUCCAUAACCUAGCUCAGAAGCAGAGAUACAAAUGUUCUAAGCAACAACAAAAUGCUUAGUUCUACUAGGAAUGCUUCUGGCUCACAUGUCAGAGAGUAAUCAUUCCAUGUGUUGCUUUCCAUCUGGACACAGUGUGAUUGAGUUUGUUCACACCUCCUAAUAAUGACAGCGUAGAUGAGAAGCAGAACAGAGACAGUAUGAAAGCAAAACUUGUUCAGCAAUAGAUAUGGCCUCUUUUCAUAUAUAUGCUUCUAAACAUGGUCCUGCAGUAAAUUUCCACUAACCCUUGUGUAAUCACAUUGUUAUCAGAAAUCCAACUCUUUAAUAAGUGCAAUGCCUUGUUAAUUUUAUAAACAAAACAGCUCCAUUCUAUCCUUGGAGUUAAACCCAAGCUCUGGAACUGAUUAAGAACAUUACGCAGAUGGGCUUUUUUGUUCCAGGCCACAGCUAAACAAGCAACCUUGGGUGUCACCAUCUGAAUUCUGAUCAAGGCAGUUACUCUGCUGAUGGAAGUUAGAAAGAAGACUACUUUUCGGACGGUUUUGGUACAAAUAAGAAGACUCUAUUAGCCAUCUAAAACACAUUUGAAAAAUCUGAAUAAUGAACAAAUGAGAAGUGUUUCAUGUGUGCUCCCAUUUCUUAUUUAUACCACUUAAAUGUCAUUUUUUAAAAAGCACUCAAUGCAUCUUACAAUAGAAUUCAAUUUCAAUUACAUUAAAACAUAGAAAAUUACAUUUAAAUAGGAGUGAACUGAGUGAGGAUGAAAUUUAUGAACAUUUUCAUCAGCCACAAAAGGCACUCACUCCUAUUACAGUGAUUUUUCAGGAACUGUUGUAUGAAAGGGGGUAGUAAGAAGCAAUACUCUGGUCAUUUUGACAUCAAGUGAAGACCUGUUAUUUUGGAUUAUCAUUUAUUUGUCAUAGGCAAUAAUCUUUUAUCACUACUAUAGUGUUGGGAAGAAAUACAAAAGCUACUCCAAAAUCAAGUGUAGCCUAUACUAGGCAUAUUCUUGUUAGCACUGAACAAAUGGCUACUUUCUGUGGAUAAAUAUUUAAGUGAUAUAUAUUUUUACAUGUGGCACUCAUGUACAUUCAUCCUAGUCCUAGAGGUGUGGGCUGCCAAUCACAUAGCUGUUCAUUAAAACUGCUUGGAAAGCACCAUCUUGUUUGAAAUCUGCACAUAUUUAAUCUCUUGUUGCUAUACUAUGUUAACACACAUCCAAGUUCUCUGCAUCAUGGACCUACUUGAUACCACAGUUUUAUGAAAAUGUACAGUACAGUAUACUUACAACAGUUCUGUGCUUCAUUAUGUUAUUCUAUGUUUGCACAACAUCAGUUAAACUGGCAAUGUUGUGCCUGACAAGGGAGAACACAGCCACCCAAUUCUGUUGCUGAGAAUAAAAAUGUAUACUACCACCAGCUAGAACUUACUGGGUUCAAAAGGUUGGAGCACAAUUGCCCUUACUUAAAGGAAGAAAAUUCUAUGCAUUACUUGUUCCCAUUAUUUCUGACUUGGAUCCUGGACUAUCCAUCCAUUCACUGAAGGGGCCUUGAUCCAGGAGAAGGCUCUGUUGUUGGAAAAGGAGGGGAAAAUUUUGUGAAUGCUGGAAGAUUCUUUCAAUCUUCUGUAGACAUUUUCGUGUGGCAUAGGAGACUGCAGGGGGUAGAAGGGAUUACUAGAAAUCACCUCCCCCUCCCCACUAGCAAGAGUAUCCCCUGAGCAAAUCCUACUCAUGGGAAUUUAGGAUAGAGAUGUCAGUCUUUAGCUCAUCAGUGAUCCCUGUUCUUC